AUGCUGCCUAUUUCUCCUGUUCCUAUCCAUGCUCUACUUGUGUUGGCUCUACUGGGCCAGUGUGUCUGUCCACAGGACUCAUCAGUUCUAGGCUCACUGCAGCAAGAAAUCUCCAGCUUACAUCACCCAACCUGGACCCUGGGGCUGUAGCUCUACAGGUCUCUCCACACUGAUGGUUCCCAGACCAACACACUUAUCUCUCCUCUUCUGUUUGCCAACUCUAUACUGGCUCUAAGUGAUGGAGCAAAAUGAUCCACAGCAAUAUUUCACAAUCUCUUAAGGAUCACCAACGAUGAGAACACAGUCAUUGAGAUUUUAACUGCUUUGAAAUCUGUGCGAGAAGCUAAUGGAAUCAGCUAUACGUUGCACAGUUCCUCUGCAUUGUUUUCCAAACAAUUCCCUAAACCAGAGUACAGAUUUCUGGUAAAGCUCUAAGCCCAGUUUGCAUUGAAGCAUGUGGACAUGGAGGUUAAAGACAAACAUAGUGACAUGGAGAAGCUCCAGUCCUGGGCUAAAGGUGGAAUGGGUGGUGUGGAAACAGCAGCUCUGAUCUAGGGAUUGGAGUCCAAAGCUGGUGCCAUGAUCCUGGCCAAUGCACUGCACAUUAAAGUUUUUUGGGAUUGAGGCUUUUACCAAGAAAACCAACUGCGCAGCUUCCUGGGUACCGAAUACAAUAAAGUUCCCAUGAUACACAGAUCAGGCGUCUACUGUCACUAUGAGGAAAUGAAGAAAAUGUUACAGGUGUUGGAUCUUUGGGAGGGAAAGGCAAGCAUGGUGCUGCUUUUGCCCUUCCAUGUGGAGAGUUUGACCCGACUGGAUCGACUGCUGACCCUGGAACAGCUAGAGAGGUGACUGGCCAAUAUUAAAUCCACAAGUAUGGCACUGUCCCUCCAUAGAGAGCUCAGCAGCACAGUCAAUUUACAGCCUUUUUUACUGCUCUCUUUUUGCACACCAGCAGAUUGA